AUGCAGUCCAAGCGCGAGUGCGAGCAAUGGUGUGAGAGGGUGAAUCCAGAGAACAAGGCGGCCCUGGAGGCGUGGGUCAGGGAGACGGGCAUCCGGCUGGUGCAGGUGAACGGGCAGAGGAAGUAUGGCGGGCCACCCCCAGGCUGGGUGGGCAGCCCGCCGCCGGCCGGGUCCGAGGUGUUUAUAGGGCGGCUGCCCCAGGACGUGUACGAGCACCAGCUGAUCCCACUGUUCCAGCGCGUGGGCCGCCUCUACGAAUUCCGCCUAAUGAUGACCUUCAGCGGCCUGAACCGCGGGUUCGCCUACGCCCGCUACAGCUCCCGGCGCGGCGCGCAGGCCGCCAUUGCCACGCUGCACAACCACCCGCUGCGGCCCUCCUGCCCGCUGCUCGUGUGCCGCAGCACGGAGAAGUGCGAGCUGAGCGUGGACGGCUUGCCGCCGGGUCUGAGCCACCACGCGCUGCUGCUCGCGCUGCAGCCGCUGGGCCCCGGCCUGCAAGAGGCGCUGCUGCUGCCCAGCCCCGGGCCGGCGCUCACGCAGAUCGCGCUGCUCAAGUUCAGCUCGCACCGCGCUGCUGCUAUGGCCAAAAAGGCCCUGGUGGAAGGGCAGUCCCGCCUCUGCGGAGAGCAGGUGGCUGUGGAGUGGCUCAAGCCAGACCUGAGGCAGCGACUGCGCCAGCAGCUUGUGGGUCCCUCACUACGGUACCUUCAGCCUGAGGGCAACCGAUUGGCCCUGGCCAGGGACAAGCUAGGGUCCCAAGGAGCUCGGGCUGCCCUGCAGCUGCUGUGCCAACGAAUGAAACUGGGCAGCCCAGUAUUCCUCACCAAGUGUUUGGGCACGGGCCCUGCUGGCUGGCACCGCUUCUGGUACCAGGUGGUGAUCCCUGGGCAUCCAGUGCCCUUCAGUGGCCUCAUCUGGGUUGUGCUAGCCACAGAUGGGCAGGAUGGGCAUGAGAUAGCCAAGGAUGCCGUGUCUGCACGGCUGCUAGAGGCCCUGGGUGAGUCUGGGGCCAGCCUCUUGUGGUCUGCUGGGGCUGAGGCAGGUACCAUAGUUAAGCAGUGACCCCUGUCCUCUCAACAGAGGCAACCUACAACGGUUGGCAGAGCCUGUGUCGGUCCCCAGCCCAGCAGGCCUGGGCAGCCGACCAGCUGAUUAAAAAGGGGGAAGGCGCCUCGGCCUGAUAGC